AUGGGGAAGCCACCAGCAGUGUCCAGGGCUCUGGCCUGGGGGGUCACUCACGGCCCCUCUGUGCGGUGGGACACGUGUCCAGUGUCUGUCCUAUCCAUCCCAGCCGGCCUGGAGCAGGCGUUUGAGGUGACAGUGAGGGUGACGCCGCCAUCGCAGCGCUGCCGCCUCCGCGGCCGCUGCAUCCUGCGGGCGGGCGAGGAGGCGCUGGAGCUGUGGCACCCGCAGAGCCAGGAGCUGCUGUCCAGCUGGCCCUACCGCUUCCUGCGCCGCUUCGGCCGCGACAAGGUGACCUUCUCCUUCGAGGCCGGCCGGCGCUGCGCGUCCGGAGAGGGCAACUUCGAGUUCGACACCAGGCAGGGCAACGAGAUCUUCCAGGCCAUCGAGGCGGCCAUCGAGGUCCAGCAGGGCCGCGGCGCCGAGGAGCCGCGCCGGGGGGGCCCCGCGGACGAAGCGCCGCGGCCGCUUGACCACGCCAGGCCGCCCGGGCGGGCACAGGGCCGCGAGUGCCCCUCCGGGGAGGCGAAGGUGCCCAAAGGGGAGGGGAAAGGGGUCAAGGGCAGGCUGGUGAUGCCCCCCGGGGCCAGGGAGGCCGCGGCGCCGUUCCAGCCGUCGCGGGGCGCGGAUUGUCCCUACGCCGAGCCCCUGGAUUCCCUGCGCCGCGGGAACGCGGCCGCGCCGCCGGACAAGGGCCGGAGGCCGGCCGGUGCCAGGGUGGAGUGCGAGUACGCCGUCCCCUUCGACGCCGUCGCCAAGUCCUUCCUGGCGCGCCAGUUCGGUGGCCUGGGCUGUCCCCAGGAGGGGCUCCCCGAGCCCCCGAGCGGCCCCAGGGACGCGGGGGGCGGUCAGCAGCCCCCCGGCCGCCCCACGGCCCCCAAACCCGAGCACAUCUACGACGAGCCCGAGGCUCUCUCGGGCCUCUCGCUGUACGACGAGCCCGAGGAGGUGAAGGGGGAGGCCUGGAGGCUGCAGGCGGCCCCCGAGGAGCCCCCCGGGCUCGCCUGUCCCUACGACGCCCAGCGCGACGACUACGCCGUCCCCACGCGGCCCUUCCUGCUGCAGGGCAAGGAGUGGCUCGGCGACUGCGACUAUGACAACGUGGCCCUCAGGGUGGCCAAGAAGAGGAACCUGCAGUGAGCGGCAGCGGGGCGCAGGAGGAGGGGACGCCCCAAAUGCCCCAGUGGGAUUUUACCGUACCCCCAAAGCGAGACACCCCCACCCCACCCCCAGCUCAGCGCACCCGGGGCUGGCGAGGGGGCACAGCCGGGGGUGGCAAGGGACAGCCGCGAGGUGGCAAGGGACAGCCGCGAGGUGGCAGGG